CUGGUUCCAACGACCAUGUCAGGCAACCUGCGGUUCGUAGAGCGCAGCGAUGACGGGCACAUCCGUCGCUUCCAGUAUCGCAAAAGCGCCGAAAAGCGCCAUACAAGCUCUUAUGUUGAUGAACGCCUUCCCAUCCCCAAUACCCAUCUGCAAGUCAAAGAACUCCUCUCCAAAGUAUUCCUGCCGUCUGGAUACCCGAACAGCGUCUCGCCAGACUAUCUCCGCUACCAAAUAUUCAAUGCCCUACAAGCGUUCUGCAGCUCAUUAGCUGGACUGCUAUCCUCUCGCGCCCUGCUCGAAGGGUUUGGUGUGGGGAACCCGGACGCAUCUGCAACCCAUGCCCUGCUUUUGACUGUUUUGCAAGACUUCUUUGGACGUAUAACCACAAUAUGCGCCGCCUACGCUCUGGGCCCUUCCCUCGGCGCGGAAGCAAAAACUUUUCGCUUCCUCGCCGAUGUCGCCAACGACGCUGCCAUCGUUCUCGACACUCUUUCUCCGCUUCUGCUUUCCCGAUUGAAGUUUCCUGGCACACGUGUUCUCGCGCUCUGUCUGAGCGGUUCGCUUCGUGCCAUGUGUGGUAUCUGUGCCGGCGGCUCGAAAGCCGCAUUGGCCAUCCACUUUUCCACGCCGGUUAGCGGAAGCGGAGACAUCGGGGACCUGAAUGCUAAAGACAGCAGCAAGGAGACAGUAUUGGCGUUAUUCGGGAUGCUGGCGGGAAGCUUGAUUGUCCCUUAUCUCACGAGCUCACGGGAAACAUACUUCGUGCUCUUCACCCUCGUCGGCCUCCAUCUCCUCCUUAACUACCUUGGUGUCCGCGGAGUUGUUCUUCGCACCCUCAACAAGCAGCGUCUGAGCAUAGCAUGGAAUUAUUUCUGCGACCAAUUGCACGCUCCAUCGCCCGCCCAAGUUUCUUACAGGGAGCGCGUGCUGAGCUGGAAGUUCAAUGCGCUGGGGGACGAAGGGGUUACCUGCUCCAUCGGCUCGUCGCUAGCAUCUAUACUCUCCGAAGACGCUAGUGUCCCAUCUUCACUACUUCGUUCGAUGCAGCACGAGGCUUAUGUGCUGUGGUUCGACCCCGUUUGCCUCGCACCUGCCCAGGCGGCGUUUCGGCCCGACGUGCCGCGGUCGAUGAUCCACAUGCACAUUUGUCUCCGCGAAGGCUACUCUUCCGCCGACGUGGUCAAGUCGUGGGUGCACGCGACGGAGGUCGAGCGCAUGAUCAGCAUGGACCGCCGGCUCAGUCUGUCGGCGCUGGUGUUGGAUGCACACCAGAAAGUGAACGAACACUGGUCGUCGUUUAUGGAGGAAAUGGCGGAGAAGGGGUGGGAGACGCGGGAGACGACUCUGAUGAUCGGGAUGCCGCGAGCGGUUAUAGAUCAACUGGAGGUCGAGGAAGAAGACAGGAAACGACGAUGA